CGUUUCGAAGCGUCCACGUCUCGUGGGUGGAGUGAGUUUCUCUUAAGCACACGUAGACUAAACCAGUGCAUCAGAGGGAAAUCACACGUCAACUGAUCACAAACCUCCAUCGCCUCGACUCUUCUUUUUCUUUAAUAAUAUCAGCAAAACAUGGUGGCGAAACAGAGGAUUCGCAUGGCGAAUGAGAAACACAGCAAGAACAUCACUCAAAGAGGCAAUGUGGCCAAAACCACGAGAGGCUCUCAAGAAGAGAAGGCAGCUGUGGGACCGUGGCUUCUGGCCUUGUUCGUGUUUGUAGUAUGUGGAUCAGCGAUAUUCCAGAUCAUUCAGAGCAUCAGGAUGGGAAUGUGAGAUGAACGGUCGUCGGCGUUGUACAUCAGUUUGUUCUUUUCUCCCGGCUUGUCUGAGGAUCGCUUGAUCAUUCCUCUUUUCUUAUUUAAUCUUUGUCGUUUUCACCACAACACCAUGGUCUCUCGUGCCUUACUCAAGAGCUGGAGGAGCAUUAUCUUCCGAACCAUUCCAACGUGGGACUUCUGUCAAUAUCGCUGCUGAAUCCUGGGCAAUAAACUCAAGACUACAAAUGAGUGUUUGAUCUUUUUCUGUGGAAAAAAACACGUUUGUGUAAAUGUAAUGCUGCAUUGAAUUUUCUCUGUUCUAGAUUUUGGACCAGCACAUGUUUGUUAUCAUUAUUUGGUACUAUGCACCUUUAUUGGAUCUUCCUCUACGUUUAGAGCUGAUUGUGUGUUCACUCAAGGAAAUCAAGGGCCACAUAUUCAGUUGUAUCUGUAGAGAACAUGAAAAAGAAAAAAAAAAAAGUUGAAAAUGUCUCUCUUUUUUGUCUGUAAAAAUAAAGCCAGUUUUUGACUGAUAUAAAACCCAUCAUCAAUCAAAUGUAAAUCUCUGUUAGCAUCAUGUGAUUAUGGUUGUUUAUAAAAAUAUUUUGUUUUUAAUUAAAAUAAUAUAAAAGAACAAA